CGCAGUGUAAUACGUACCCAACCCUAGGAUUUUUCAAGCAUCGUCGGACCGAGUAUUACUCAACCAAACUGCGAAGUCAGCUUACAGCGACACGUCAACUUGCGACUACACGCGCAUCUCAACAACACAGCACAAUAUGAAAACCGGCCUCUCAAUUUUCGGCCUCAUCGCCCUCGCAUCUGCCUCCCCACUACCCACGCCUGCACCCUCAGAAGCCCUCCCACUCGUAACCCUCUCCCUCAUCGGCUCACCCUCACACUACACACUCGGAUCAUCCCAAAGCCCACAAACCUCCACAUCAACAUCCAACAACGCAUGGUCGAUACAUAUACCCAUCGACGUGUCCCUCGAUCUCAGCACACGGCCCGAACACGUACAGGCCAUCGAGAUACUUGGGGUAGAGAAGGGAACGGAUCUGCAGGGAGAGGCAGUAGAGAGGGAUGAUGGGCAGGUGGUGUGUAAAGCCAGUUUGGGGUGGGGGAGUGAAGGGGUGGUCGUGAGGAUGGGUGGGGAGAGGAUUUUGCUUGAUGGGGGGAGGGUGGGGAGGGUUACGGGGGUGGUGUGUUGGAAGGAGGGGGUUUAG